UGUCCCCCCGCGCCGUCAUUUCUCCCCGACGCCGGGCUGCCUGUGCUGCCAGCAGCGGGGGGUGCUCGGCUGCUGCAAGGGACCGCUCGGCUCAUUCCUGGCUUUCUCCUGUCCUGUCGCGGCGCCGGCUGACGGGCUGUCGAGGCUGAUCCAUCGGGCUCGGUUUGUGAUGCUCGGUCUUCCCGGCUCUUCCUCUCCCCGAGUCCUGUGGCUGCCCAGCGCAGUAUGGAGGCUUGUGUUUCAAAUUUCUUCUUAUUUGCCUAAUAUGAAGGCAUGUAACAUUAUUGAUGUGGUUUACAGUCACCAGCUUCUGAAAAGGACAGUUUUGUGUUUAAGGAAGUCACCCUAGCAGGGUAUAUAUCGCCAGGGUGCAGGAGAAGACACUUGCAGAAGUAGUGAAGUGAUGUGAAGUUAUCUUCCAAGAUGACUCUUCUACCUGGAGAAAAUUCCGACUAUGACUAUAGCGCCCUGAGCUGUACUUCAGAUACUUCCUUCAACCACACGUUCUUUCCAGAAACAGAAAGCCUUAAGGGAGUCUUUUACCAAAGAGCCAAGCUAAUUCACCCUCAAGAGGAUCUCCUAAAAGGCUUUCACCCUGAUGAUCGGAAGCAUCAUAUUAUUAUAAACGUAGGGGGCAUUAAGUAUUUGCUCCCAUGGACCACGCUGGAUGAAUUCCCAUUGACACGUUUGGGACAACUAAAAUUCUGUAAUAAUUUUGAUGACAUUCUAAACAUCUGUGAUGAUUAUGAUGUGACAUGUAAUGAAUUCUUCUUUGACCGCAACCCAGGGGCAUUCAGGACAAUUCUGACCUUUCUGAGAGUUGGAAAGCUUCGGCUCCUGCGUGAGAUGUGUGCACUUUCUUUCCAAGAGGAGCUGCUCUACUGGGGAAUUGAGGAAGACAACUUGGACUGGUGCUGUAAAAGGAGGUAUCUGCAAAAAAUGGAGGAGUUCACAGAAAUAAAUGAACGGGAGGAUGACCUCACAGAAAAUGAAACAACAGGUGAAACAGUAGAGGAGACAAAAAUUGGCUUGUGCAUGAAAAAGUUGCAAGACAUGGUAGAAAGGCCCCAGUCUGGCCUCCCUGGAAAGGUGUUUGCUUGUUUGUCUGUUUUAUUUGUAACUAUUACAGCAGUGAACUUAUCCAUCAGCACCAUGCCUGACCUGAGGGAGGAGGAGGAAAAGGGUGAGUGUUCCCAGAUGUGCUACAAUAUAUUCAUUGUGGAGUCUGUCUGUGUGGCAUGGUUUUCCCUGGAGUUCCUGCUAAGAUUCAUCCAGGCAAAGAGCAAGUUUGCAUUUUUGCGGAGCCCGUUGACCCUGAUAGACAUAAUAGCCAUUCUGCCAUACUACAUCACUUUGCUAGUUGACACCACUUCCGUGGGCUAUAAAAAGCCCAGCUCUGGGAGCAUCUACCUGGACAAAGUCGGCCUGGUCCUCCGCAUUCUCCGUGCCUUGAGGAUUCUCUACGUCAUGCGGCUGGCCAGGCACUCCCUGGGGCUGCAGACGCUGGGGCUGACGGCUCGCAGGUGCACCCGGGAGUUUGGUCUCUUGCUGCUCUUCCUCUGUGUGGCCAUCGCGCUGUUUGCACCCCUCCUCUACGUGAUUGAGAAUGAGAUGGCAGACUCACAGGAGUUUACCAGCAUCCCCGCCUGCUACUGGUGGGCUGUCAUCACCAUGACCACGGUAGGCUACGGAGAUAUGGUUCCCAGAAGCAUUCCCGGCCAAGUGGUGGCACUGAGCAGCAUACUGAGUGGCAUCCUCCUCAUGGCAUUUCCUGUCACCUCCAUCUUCCACACCUUUUCACGCUCCUACAUUGAGCUAAAGCAAGAACAGGAAAGAAUAAUGUACAGGAGAGCACAGUUCUUAAUAAAAACAAAGUCUCAGAUAAGCAAUGCAUCACAAGGGAGUGAUAUUUUAUUCCCCACUAUCUCUUCUGAGACUAGGGACAAUGAAUAAAAUUUUAGUAACUAUUUCUCCUGAUGUCAAGUAAUGUUUUGUUGUAUCAGAUUCCAUCUUUUAAUUUGCUUUGGAAGCAUUUUACAAAGGUAGCCCUUAUAUUAAAAUUAAGAAAAGGAACUAUUAUUCAGGAACUGAUAUGGUUUAAGAAGUCUAUUAUUAUGCUGGUUCUUUCCCCCCCCAGUAUAAUGUAUAGGACAGAUCUUUCACAGGGAUCAUACAGUGGGAUUUUAGGAAUUCAAAGUUCUCUGACAAAAAAAAGAAAAAAAAAAUUAGAACAGGUUAUAAUUAUGUACUUGUCAGGCUGUUUUGCUGUUUGUAAUACACAUUUUUGCAACCAAAUCACAAUGUAUAUAGUCAUUAAACAGGCUGCCAUUUUUCUUGUUCUUCAUGUAUAUAAAUAAUGUAAAUACAAGAAAAUUAAUGGCUAAGUUCUCUCCCAGUAAAACACCUUAGAGCGUAAUGGAAAUAACCACUGAUGUUUGUCCCAUUGUGCUCUGAAAAAGACAUUAAGUAAGAUUUGUCAUUCACAACAGCAACUGUAUCUCUUUUUGCAAGUCAGCCCUAAACAUAUGAGAAGAAUCAAACUGUUCGUCUCAUAACCUUGCUAAAUGUGUAAAUACUCAUAGCUCACCAGCUUCAAAAUUUAGUUGAAGUUACAGUGUUGAUCCUAUGACAUUGAAUGCAAUAUUCCCAGAACAAAGUCCUGGAGUUUUGUAGCACUUAAUAUUAUUAUCAAGAGGUGAGUAGCUGCAAAUCAAAUGAAAUAUGCAUGAUGAGAUGCCAGUCGUUCCCUACCAUCUGUUUCCAUGUUUUUACUUUACCUCAGAUAUGAAACAGAACUAAAAGAGGCCUGUUUCCAGGGGACACCCUACCAUUACCUGGCAAAUCAGCACUGCAGCUACCCAUUCACAUGCAACAUUUGGUUCUUUAAAAGAAGCAGAAAAUACAUGGUCGUGGGAAGUUGCCAAUGAUGAAAAAAAGAAAGUAUCAUUUGAAUCAUGGAGUGGGGGUUACUGACAUCUUUAUACUUUACUGUCCUCAAUCAUGAGGGACUUAAGACUUACUUAACUGUACCUUUGCCAUCAUUACACUCAUCAUAGUAAUGGAGAAAAUUUUAAAUAGGACAUGAAAAAGCAACUAAGGUCCCAAAACACAACCAUGUAUUCUUCAUCUGCACGUGUGUCUUGGUCUAGGUUCUCCUGCUGAGCUUGGGGAGGACAUGGGUCAGUGAGACACUCGGGUUUGGUACAGCUUUAUAUGCAGAUUAAUAACAGUCCUCAUAUUUAUUUUAGAGGGAACAAGACUGGCUUAUGUAACAGCUCAGGAGAAAACUCAAAAAUAAAAAUUAAAUCCACUUGUUCAAUUUCAUGUGUGCUUAGGGAUAAAGAAACUUAAGAGAUUCACCUUUUUCCCUUCUUUUUUAGUAAAUUUACUUAGUUAAGAACUAGGGAAAUUUAGAAGAUCCCAUCACAUUCACCAAUGCUUCUCUAUAUUAAUUUUCAGAAAUACUAUUGUUUAAUGGCAUUUCUGGAGCAGGUUACUAGAAAUGCCAGAAUGCCUGAUGGUUUUGAAAUUUAAAUUAAGGCCAAGGACACAAACAUCGUCCUUUCAAAAAAGGUAGAAUUAGUUUCUCAGCCUAUCCUGUUUGGCCAAGCCCAUAUGACACUGAUUUUCUUUUCAAAUAUUUUAAAAACAAUUUCAAGGUGUUCUGAUUUGUUUGUUCUUGAAGAAUAAUUCCAAAACUUUAUGCACUUUAUGAAUAAUUAGGGCUCUAGCAUUCUUUAGCUUGUCAUAGGUAAAUAUGCCUAUGGAGCAUUACUGCAGAGUGCUAAAAUAACCAGUCUAAACUCUAGGCAAUUAAUCAUGUGCCAGAGCUACGAAUGGAACCAGCUUUUCACUCUCGUUCUUCAGCUUUAAUUAGAGUUGGACAAAAAACAGGAACAUUGUGACAAAAAAGGGACACAUUUUCCAUCCAAAAUACUCUUCAUUUCAAAACUGUUUGAUCAUCUGUAGCAUUGGCUUCAACACAAGUGCUAUACAUCCUUCUACCUUUGUGUCAGCAUUCGUUAUAAAAAGAACUGAUAAUUAGAUUAGUCCUGGGAGCAACAGUUGUUUAUCUAAGUAUGUGUUUGGCAGGCUGAACCAUAAAUAAGAAGUUGCAAGUGAAUACUAGGAGAAAUAAAGAUUUACCAAAUAAAACUUAUGCUUACUUCCAUUUUCUGCUACCUAAUAAAUGCUGAAAGUCUGUUCAUGUUCCCAAUGUCUUUACAUUAAGAUAAUGCUCAAUUAUUUCAUGUGUCACUUCAUUUUUUAUCCCAAAAUUAUAGCUUGAUUCUGAAGUCUUUGUUCAGAAAAAAAAUAAAAUAAAAUAUUAAAACCAUCACUCUGAAGUUGGGUCCUAGUUGAACAAGCCUGUGAGAGCAUCUGGCCUGUUGCAAGUUCUGCCUAAGCCAGAAACAAAUAAGCCAUCCAGGAUGUACCCCUGUGUAAUUCUGUACUUGGCAACACAUCACUUGUAAGCAUUUCAACAUGUUUUACUAUGAAUCACUGUAACAAACUUGCUUAUCUUUUACAGGAGGGAAUACAUAUUGUAGUCCUUAUGCUAAAUAAAUCCAGCUAUACCUCUUAAGAGCACAACAUUAGUAUGAAACCCACAUGCUGUGUUCCAGCUUUUACUGUGAAGGCUGAAGGCUUAAAAUUAUUAUGCCUCUUUAGAAAAUAUUACCUGAAUUUUUAGUCAAAUUCAUGAAAAUUGAUUGAUUGAUUGAUUGAUUGAUUGAUUAAAAAGCUGACUGUUGCCAGUGACACAGCUCACAGCCACCAAGUCAGCUAUCACUCCUUUUUGCAUUUUAACAGCAUGUGCAGUCAACAAGAAAGUUCCAAUAAAAACACUUUGUGGUUUUAUGAAGUCAAAAUCAUUAGUUGAAUUGCCACUGAGGAAGUGGUGCACGUCUCCAAUAGAGAUAGGCUUGCAUUGCUAUUUAUAUUAUCCUCUGUAUACUGCAGUAAUAUGUACAGUAUGAAUUAAAACAGCAGAAGCUGUAUUAAU